AUGAGACGAGAACGAGAGAUAUUCAAACGUGAAAUAGAGGAAAUGAAGCGAAAAAAAGAGAAUCUUCUGAUCAAAUACAACACAGAAAUAGACAGACUGAUGAACAGAAUAGAGAAUGAACAACAGAAUCAUGAAACAGAGAGAAAGAGAAGAGAAGAAGAAUUUAUUGAGAGAGAAGAACAAUAUAAAAGAGAAAUGAAAGAGAAAGAAGAGAGUGAGAAAAAGAUCCAUGAGGAGAUGAAGAGAGAAAGAGAGGAAUGGGAGAAACAAAAGCUAGAGGAAAAGAAGAGAAGAGAAGAAGAGGAUGAGAAAAGAAGAGAGAAAGAACAGAGAGUUUUGGUUGAAUUUAAUAAGAAACUGAAACAAGAAAGAGAGAGAAUGGAAAGAGAGAAAGAAGAUCUUCAGUCUAAACAUGAAGAAGAAGAAAACAAGAUGAAGAUCCUGAUGGAGAAACUGAACAGAGAAAGAGAAGAACAGAAAGAGAGAAUGAAGAUGAUGAUGGAGGAAGAACGACAAAAUCAGGACAAAGAGAGAAAGAGAAGAGAAGAAGAACACAAGAGAGAAAUAAGAGAACAAGAGAAACAUCAGAGAGAGAUACGAGACGAGAUGAGACGAGAACGAGAGACUUUUAGACAUGAAAUAGAGGAAAUGAAGAAAGAAAAGGAGAAUGUGAAGAAAGAAAAGGAAAAACUUCAGAUGGAAAUAGACAGACUGAUGAACAGAAUAGAGAGUGAAAGACAGAAUCAUGAAACAGAGAGAACAAAAAGAGAUGCGAUAGAAGAGCGAUAUAAAACACUAAUGAAAGAGAAAGAAGAGAGUGAGGAAAAGAUUUGUGAGGAGAUGAAGAGAGAACGAGAGACAAUUAAACAUGAAAUGGAAGAAAUGAGAUCAGAUACAACACAGAAACAGACAGACUGA